AAUCCAAAGCGAAAAAAACCAACUCAAAUACACCAAAACCAAAAUCUCAUAAUAUCUCAAAAUUGAAACACACUCAGUUAAUCAAAGAGGAGGAAGAUGGAUUUCAGGCUAAUGGGUAUCGACACACCACUUCUCCACACUCUCCAGCACUUCAUGGACGCCGCCGGUGAAGAUUCCGACAAGUCCAUUAACGCCCCGUCAAGGAACUAUGUACGUGACGCUAAGGCAAUGGCUGCAACACCAGCCGACGUGAAAGAGUACCAAAAUUCCUAUGUGUUCAUCGUGGACAUGCCGGGGUUGAAAUCUGGAGAUAUUAAAGUGCAGGUGGAAGAUGACAAUGUGCUGCUGAUCAGUGGAGAAAGGAAGAGGGAAGAAGAGAAAGAAGGGGCUAAGUAUAUUAGAAUGGAGAGAAGGAUUGGGAAAUUCAUGAGGAAAUUUACGUUGCCGGAGAAUGCGAAUACUGAUGCAAUUUCUGCUGUUUGUCGAGAUGGGGUUUUGACUGUGAUUGUUCAGAAGUUGCCUCCACCUGAGCCUAAGAAACCCAAAACUAUCGAGGUUAAAAUUGCAUGAGAUAUUGGACUAGUUAUUAAUUACUCUGUUUUGUGGACACGGGAAUUGG